AUGGUUGAUGUGACAGGUUCCAAAGAUGUUAAACCUCCGAAGGGAGAGUUCUACCUUGUGCGUGUUGGCCUGCAGUCCGGUGCUCGAAAUUUUGGCAUGUUCGUGGCAGCUCGCUUGAUCCUUGGGUUUGGCGAUAUCAUCGUUAUUUGCACAGCGCCGCUGUUGAUCGCGGAGAUUGCCCCAGCGCAGGACCGCGCUGUCUUGGUCACAUUAGCCGGUGCCACCUAUCACUCGGGCGCCUUCAUCGCGGCGUGGACUACCUACGGCACUUUGCAAAUCCCCAGCGAUUGGUCAUGGCGCGCUCCGAGUCUGAUCCAAGGUCUAUUCACAGUGCUCAUGCUAGCUGUUAUUUGGUGGAUUCCAGAGAGCCCUCGAUUUUACGUUGCGAGAGAUCAGCCCGAAAAGGGAUUGAAAGUCCUUGCUCAUUAUCACGCCAAUGGUGAUGAACGUGAUGAGGUUGUGCAACUCGAAUUUGCAGAAAUUACCGCCGCUUUGGCCAUGGAAAAGGCGAACAACAAGUCUUUCUCUUAUCUUGAUUUCUUCAGAACCAAGGGAAAUCGGUGGAGACUGUUCAUCGUGGUUUGCGUCGGAUUGUUUUCACAGUGGAGUGGAAACGGCUUGGUGUCCUAUUAUCUCACUACGAUUCUCAACGACAUUGGGAUCACAGACGCGAAGUCGCAACUUGGAAUUAACGGUGGUCUGACGACAUUCAGUCUUAUCACAAAUGUCUUCUUCAGCUUCUUCGUAGACAAGUGGGGAAGAAGACGCAUCCAGAUUAUCUCAACUGUAGGGAUGCUGGUAUGCUUCGUUAUAUGGACGAUCAUCUCGGCACGCUACGCUAUACAUGCGGACAACAGUCUCGGUAAGGCUGUUGUGGUAAUGAUAUUCCUUUACUACCUCGCAUACAACCUGAAGUCUGGCUUGAUUGCCAGCUAUACUACCGAGAUCCUUCCCUACCACAUGCGUGCCAAGGGCUACACCGCUAUGGAAUAUGCUCUAUAUGUCACCCUAUUCUUCAACCAAUACGUCAACUCGAUUGCUCUUGACAACAUCCAGUGGCGAUACUACAUCUUCUACUGCGUAUUUCUGCUUGCUGAGCUGCUUAUUAUCUACUUCUUCUUUGUUGAGACCAAGUACCUGGCUCUCGAGGAAAUCACCAAGCUAUUCGAUGGCGACGAUGUCGCACAGGCGGCCACGACUGAACUCGAGCAGGUUGGCGAAAAGGGUUUUAGCGCCGGAGGUGUUCAUGUGGAGGAGCCUUGA